AGUGAAUUGUGGGUAAUUAAGCAGCAGAUCCAAGAUGGCGGCAAGUAGGAGGCUUCAUAAGGAACUUGAUGAAAUUCGCAAGUCUGGAAUGAAAAAUUUCCGUAAUAUUCAAGUUGACGAGUCAAACAUUUUGACUUGGCAAGGGCUCAUUGUUCCUGACAAUCCACCAUACGAUAAAGGUGCAUUCCGGAUUGAGAUCAUAUUCCCUGCCGAGUACCCCUUUAAGCCUCCCAAGAUUACUUUUAAAACAAAGAUCUACCACCCAAACAUUGAUGAGAAAGGCCAGGUCUGCCUGCCAGUAAUAAGUGCUGAAAACUGGAAACCAGCAACUAAAACUGACCAAGUAAUCCAGUCUCUCAUCGCCCUUGUCAAUGACCCUCAACCAGAGCACCCGCUGAGAGCUGACUUAGCAGAGGAAUAUUCCAAAGACCGUAAAAAAUUCUUUAAGAAUGCAGAAGAGUUUACAAAGAAACAUGGAGAAAAGCGACCAGUGGACUAAUAACACGAGUGCUACUCCCACCCUCCUAUGCCCAACCCUCCAAAUCUGUAAACCUCUACCUGCACCCUGCCUGCCUGCCCACACACUCAACACCACAGCAUCCUUUGAGAGCUUGGAGCAGAGCGCCCCAGAAGCGUUUCAACCUUGACGCAGGACUUUUCUGAAUCAGUCUGCUGCCCUCGGGGAGCCAACAGGAUGGCUGAUUUUUCUAUAGAGUGUAAAGAAAAUGUGAUCCAAAUACAAGCAAAUAUGGGAACUUGAUUUAAAGAAUGACAAAUGACAUGGGCGGUGGGGGGUGGGGGUAAAUGCUGUUCCUUUUAAUUUGUUCUUAAUUUGCACAGAGAUGUGUAUUGGUCACACAGACAACUGUGCAAUGAAACUCGACUGUUUGGAGCAGAUUAUUACGGUGAACUUGAUUAUAUUAUGAUAUGUCCUUUCACUGUCUUUCCCUUCCACACACACAUCUUUGUUAAAACAAAUAUCCAAUAACCGAAUGAUGGGCAGCACUUAAUGCUUUGAGUUUCUAAAGGUGUGUGACAGAAGUUUCUUUUAUAUUUCUUUUUAUUGUUUUUGCUUAGGUUGCACUGUAUUCUGUGAAAGGUGUUCUGUUCAUAACAUGUCUCAUCCAACUCAUUCAAUAUUCAAAACUACAGCUUAGUCACUGUUACCAAUAUAAUGUUUAUGAUGUUAUAAAAAAGGAAAAGAAAACUCAA